AUGGUGAAUAAAUUAUUGUAUCGAAGCAAACAGCGAGGGUUCCUCGAGUUGGACCUGCUCAUCGGGUUAUGGGCCGAGGUAAACAUUCCCAAAAUGGACUUUGCUGAGCUGAAACAGAUGGCGCUAGUGCUUGAAGAGGAGAAUCCGGACCUCUUUAAAUGGCUUACAGGCCAACUUCAGCCCCCUGAUCGUAUGUCGGGAAAUGCAGUUUUCGAGGCGCUCCGUCGCCAUGUGGCGCAGCAGCUCAGUGAAACGGCGCCAGCCACAACACGUGCAGCAUUGGGGCGUGACUGGGUGCGCGGCUGGGAUGACAGCUGGAGGUGGGUGGUGUGA